CACCUCACGUACCCUUACACGGCGAUAACCCAGUGCCAUCAACUUGUAUGGCAGGCUGACUUUGAUCGACUCGCACAUUGAUCACUGGUGUUUUCGUCCAUCAACAACAGCAGUUCUCUCCGCUAAAUACGCCUUCAUCUCGUUUAAGGCGCGCCGAAUCCUGUUUCCCGCGCCAUUCAACUGUCAGCGUCCGUGCUCUGGGACACAAACCUGAGGUACCAUUCAGUAUUCACCUCACUCUCUCUCUCAGUCUCUGCCUUACUUUACUGCAUAAGGUAGCUUUACUUCUCGCCCACCUCUCUCUCUCUCUCAACCUCGACACACCCUGCUUGGACUAGAAAUCCUGACUGGGGUGCCUGACGACUGAUGACUGGAACUCUCGCCUCAUUUGGCUUGGCUUUUUUCUUCUUAGUCUAAACUGGACAUAAUACGGCGAGACGGUAAAGGCGUGGUGGAAUCUACUACCUUGUACACCUCCCACCUCUCAUCCACUCAUACUCCGUACUCAGCACUCACUCACUCAGUCUCUCUCUCUCACACUCUCACUCUUACUUGACACUCACCUAUUCUUUCCUUUCCCCCUUGCGAAUACUCCGUACAGAUACACACACCUUCCUCCGCCUCAGUCUACACCUCUCCGUCUCCACCUUUCCCGGUCACAUUCAAUCUUGGCCUCAAACACGAACCGCGUCCACCGAUCAUUUGGAGCCGUCACUCAACCCAAACCACCGAUCCCUCCUCUUAGGCCCUUAGCCUUAGCUCUUGUCUUCUUACAACCACACGUCCCAACACAUUUCCAUCCAACAUCACCUUAGCCGCCAAAUUACCCAUCAAAGCAAACACUUCCCUUUUUUUUUUAUCCAAAGAGCCAACCUGAACCGCGAGUCUUUGUCGCCUGAGUUUUCGACAAUUCGGGGGGUUCACUUGAUUUGUGGCGACCGCAUCAAUAUUUACCGCCAGACAAUCGGCUCGAGUCACCCGGUCGCAACACAAACUCGCGAGAAACCAACCGCGAUGGAGACCACCACCGAGGUCGAGACAAAGCAGCCGUCAGUUGCGCCUUCAGAGCCGCAGCAACAGACCCCAGUUGCCGAGACCCCUACAACCACAGAGCUCAGCAGUGCCAAUGGUGUUAAGCCACCAGCUCUGGAUGACGACGACACCGCCAAUGACGAUGAUUUAAGCCCGCCUCCAGAGAACUUGAGCCCUGUCUCAGGCAGCCAUGAUCGCGCUUUGGAAGAUGAGAUUGUUGUCGGUAACCGCAAUGGCGUGCAAAAGUCAUCGCCCCUCCGCGUUGUUUCUGAUCCCGAGGAUGAGAAUAUGGCGGAUGUGGAGGAUGAGCCAGUCGUCUCUCACUACCCUAAGCGGAAGCGCGCAUCCGUCUUCAACGACUUGAGUGAAGACAAGAUGGAGAGCAGCCUUGUCUCAGAGAAGGAAGGCACGCCACGCGGCACCAAACCAGCUCGUAGGCAUGGACUGGGUGGUGUGAAGGGCGUCAUUCUCGGAUACUGGCGCGAUUCACCCGUCCCUGACCCCAGAGGCAAGCAUGCAGUUAUUGGCUUCAUCGAUGUCCGCGAUCGCCUCCGCACACGCAUCCAGCAGAACACCCGCUUCGGCGAGCCGGUAUCGAGUCUCGAGUAUCCCCUCCCGCCCGGACCAGGUGGCAGCUGGGUGACCUUCGAGCGAGUCGUCUUUGCAGACCACCUGGUUGGUCUGGAUCACCACCAAGUGAAGGAAUAUGUCAAGCUUCGAACGGAUUCUAUCGAGAUGACGGAGGAGGCCCGAGAUGCUGCAGAGCAAGCUGCGGCUAAGGAAGCGGUUCGACGUGUCGAGGAAAACCCUCCCCCCGAGAAUCCCGUAGCGCCAGCCAUCGCAUACGGUGCGGAGAUUCCCGACCACGCCACAAUGCCGGCUCGACCGGACUCCAAACGUCGCCGCACUGGUAGUGGCAUCGACACAAUCAGUGGAGGACCGGUACAGCAGACGCCGCCAGCACAGAAUAUCCCGCCGACUCCUCAAUUCGACCCUCUGCCAGGCACCAGACCCACACGCAUCAUUGUGGGCUACUGGAAGGGCUCCAGCGAGCCUGAUCCUAUCAACAAGCACGCGAUCUACGGCAUCCUCGGACAAAAUGACAUGUUCCGCGUCAAGGUGGCGCGAGAGACGCGUGAUAAGCGCUUCGUCGAUGGCAAUUUCCCCGUUGGAGCGGGUGCGCUGUGGAUUCACUGGGAGGAGGUUGAGCUAGAGCCUCACAUCAAAGUACUGUCUCGCCCCGAGGUAAAGGAGUAUUGCCGUGUCCGUCAGUACCAAAUCGAUCAAGGCGAGAGCCCCAACGAGCGAGUCGAGAAUGAGGCCAGGGCAGUGUACGAAGCACAGCAGCGCGUGGCCAAUGGCAUCAACAAGCCUGGCUACAUGAACAAUAUGGGCCCGCCACCCGCCAUUGUUCCACAGCCAGAAGAGAUGCUCGAGGCACCCGAGACCAAGGUCGAGGUGAACCCCGAACUGCGCCAGAGCCGCAGAACGGAGAACCGCGGCGUUCGGCACUCAUUGCCCGAUCUCGACGUCAGACAGUCAUCGCGAACCCCGGUGCAAGCGCAGAAUAAGAUUGACGCUAGUGCACGUCGCGAAAUCGCCCGGAUCGAGGCCGCCCAGAUUCGAACCGAGCGUUUCGCCGCUGAUCGCGAAGCUGCUCAGAACGCCCAAGCUGCCCAAGCUGCCCAGGUUGCUCAAGCCGCCCACAUGGCCAACUUGGUCCCUCCUCCGAUGCCGCCGCAAGCUAUGCCUAAGAUGCCUUUGCAGAACGGCAACGGCAACGGCCCCCGCAUGAGCAGCCUGUUCCACGAGCGCGACGAGAUGCAGCGCCUGAACAAGGUAUGGGCCAGCCAGGAAGAGCACCGCAGCAAGGUUGGAGGUGAAGAAACCAAGUUUUACGGCGGUAUCAAGUACGAACGCAAGACCAACGGUCCCUUUGUCGGCAAACUCGUCUCGCAAGGCACCAUUAUCAGUAUUGACGGAGAGGAUUAUGUCGAGUAUCGUGUACUCACGAAGCCGAGUUUUUUCUAGGCGACCAAGACAGGAAGCAGCACCUCGCGGCUUUGAUUGCCUUUUACACUUUCGGUCAACGGGCAUUCGCUGAGCGAUGGCCGCCAGAUUAUGGGACUCCUCCUGAGCGUUGAGUCUCAACGAAUCUCUCUCUUUCGAUACUGGGUUCAACGGAUGAAGGCUGAAGGCUGUAGGAUUUCCUUUGUUUCUUCCCGCGACAAAAUGGAUGCGAGGUUUGGCGGAAAACGGGUCUUUCCUAUUAUACCCCCUCUCAACUUUUUCCGAUUAAUCAGUUUUUCCUUUUUUCGUCUUUUCGGCGUGGAAAAGCCAGCUCGGUCUCCUUCGUCAUCGGCCACGGAGAAUUGGCCGAGGAGAGGAUUACUAUACCAUGUUUUCUUUGUUUUGCUUUGCUCUCACGCCCUUCGCAAUAACUCACUCAUACACCAUUGGCUUGCCUAGUUAAGUUGUAUGGUGGUGAGAGACAUGGAUUCGAGGCUUUCUUCCGUUGUGUUUUUCUAAUUAUCAUGAUGCCAUUGCUAGUCAGAAUGGGUACCUCUCAGGCGGAGGUCGGAACUGAGCGGAAAGGGGGGGAAAGCGUGGGACCGAUACCAGAAUCCGUGGUUGUCAGUA